GUCGCUGGACGCAGGCGCACUACGCUUUGGCGAGGCCAAGAUGGCGGCGCCCGGCCGGUUCUUACUCCCGUGACCGUUCCGGGCGUCUCUAGCUUCCUCGGCAUGUUCCUUCUCCGAGACUGUGGCCACUGGGCCGCAGCGUCCCUCGGCAGACGGUUGCCUCUGCGUCGCUUCCGUAGCGACAGUGCGGCACCCUGCACCCCGCACUUCGACGUGGUAGUUAUCGGAGGAGGGCAUGCGGGGACCGAGGCGGCCGCCGCCGCUGCUCGCUGUGGCUCGCGGACUCUGCUCCUCACGCACCGCGUGGACACGAUCGGUCAGAUGUCCUGUAAUCCUUCCUUUGGUGGCAUCGGGAAGGGGCAUUUGAUGAGAGAAGUAGAUGCCUUGGAUGGCCUGUGUUCUCGGAUCUGUGACCAGUCUGGCAUACAUUAUAAAGUACUAAACCGGCGUAAGGGCCCUGCUGUGUGGGGACUGAGAGCGCAAAUUGAUCGGAAGCUUUAUAAACAGAACAUGCAGAAAGAAAUCCUGAGUACACCCCUGCUCACUGUUCAGGAGGGAGCUGUGGAAGAUCUAGUCCUGGCAGAACCAGAGCCUGGGUACGCUGGGAAGUCCAGGGUCAGAGGUGUCGUUCUGGCAGAUGGAAGUACAAUCUACGCAGAGAGUGUCGUUCUGACUACUGGGACGUUUCUGAGAGGCAUGAUCAUGAUUGGAUUGGAGAGGCAUCCCGCAGGGCGUCUCGGGGAUCAGCCCUCUAUAGGCUUGGCUCAGACACUGGAGAAGUUGGGAUUCAUGGUAGGAAGACUAAAGACUGGAACUCCACCCCGACUUGCCAAAGAGUCCAUUAAUUUCGACAUUCUAAACAAGCACACAGCAGAUAAUCCAUCCAUACCAUUCAGCUUUCUCAGUGACAGUGUAUGGAUCAAGCCGGAAGAUCAGCUGCCAUGUUACUUGACUCACACCAACCCCAGAGUGGAUGGGAUUGUCCUUGAGAACCUUCACCUGAAUAGCCAUGUUCAGGAAACUACAAGAGGGCCCCGAUACUGUCCCUCUAUUGAAUCAAAGGUUUUACGUUUUCCAAAUCGCCUACAUCAGGUUUGGUUGGAGCCUGAAGGAAUGGAUUCUGAUCUCAUCUACCCACAAGGGUUAUCUGUUACACUACCAGCUGAGUUACAGGAGAAAAUGAUAACAUGCAUCAGAGGCUUGGAGAAAGCCAAAAUGGUUCAUCCAGGCUAUGGUGUUCAGUAUGAUUAUUUAGACCCCCGUCAGAUCAGUCCUUCCCUCGAGACACACUUGGUUCAGCGGCUGUUCUUUGCUGGGCAGAUAAAUGGAACCACUGGCUAUGAGGAAGCUGCAGCUCAGGGAGUGAUAGCUGGAAUCAAUGCCAGUCUAAGGGUCAGUCGAAAACCACCCUUUGUUGUGAGUCGAACAGAAGGCUAUAUAGGAGUCUUGAUUGAUGACCUCACCACCCUGGGCACCAGUGAGCCUUACCGAAUGUUCACCAGCAGAGUGGAGUUCCGUUUGUCUCUGCGCCCAGAUAAUGCUGACACCCGGCUUACAUUCCGAGCCCAUAAGGAAGCUGGCUGUGUGUCCUCACAACGCUAUGAAAGAGCUUUGUGGAUGAAGUCGUCUUUAGAAGAAGGUGUCUCUGUGUUGAAAUCCAUUAAGUUCUCAAGUUCGAAGUGGAAAAAGUUAAUCCCACAAGCUCCUAUAAGUAUGAACAGAAGUCUUCCUGUCAGUGGUCUGGAUAUUCUUAAGUAUGAAGAAGUGGACAUGGAGUCACUAGCCAGCGUGCUUCCUGAGCCCUUGAAGACGUAUACUGGAUGUAGUGAGCUCGCCAGAAGGCUGAAAAUAGAAGCCACUUAUGAGUCAGUAUUGUUGUAUCAACUACAAGAAAUAAAGGAGGUUCAGCAAGAUGAAGCUUUGCAACUUCCACAAGAUCUAGACUAUCUAACAAUCAGGGAUGUGUCACUGUCCCAGGAGGUUCGAGAGAAGCUACACUUGAGCCGCCCACAGACGAUUGGGGCUGCUAGUCGUAUUCCUGGAGUGACACCAGCUGCCAUCAUCAAUCUGCUCAGAUAUGUGAGGAACACUCAGCAGAGGCAGACAGCAAUGAUGGAACACCAGGCCAAUCAGUGCUUGUGAUGCAAACCAACUUGGAGACAGAAUUCUAACUUGCGGGCUGGUGAAAUGGCUCAGUGGGUAAGAGCACUGACUGCUCUUCCGUAUGUCCUGAGUUCAAUUCCCAGCAACCACAUGGUGGCUCACAACCAUCUGUAAUGAGAUCUGACGCCC